GACUUGGCAAAACCGCCUUUUUUUUAUUGGAGACUCUGAAUUGACCCUCAACUUCACCAUUACCGUACUAUCAUCUCAUCUUCGAGAAAUCAGAAUCAGAAUCACUUUGAUAUGCUGCACAAUCAUAUGAUCAUCGUCUUCCUCGUGAUUUCUAUCGGCCGUCUAGGCGCCGCUGUGGAUCCUAAUUGCAUUUCGAUCAACCGCGACGGCGGAGCUGCACCGGCGACCGGAAAAUGGCACCGCGACGCUGCACCAAAGGGCUCAUCAACCACCUCAACUGUCAAGGGAGACCUCAUCACGGCCGUCGAUCCCGUUCCCGCUCGAAUUUCCUCAUCCCAAUUUUCCUUCUCUUUCCAGCCGAGUCCAGGUAGGGAUACUAGUGAAGUUGAUGUGUAUGUUGACAACAGCACUUCACUGGAAAGGGUCCAUUACCAGCACAUAAAAUGGGGGCCUGUCUCGGCCGGCGAUGAUAUCGCCUCCAUGUUUGGGAUGUGGGCUGAGCCAACUAUCAAAGAAAAUGCAGAAAUGGCUACUAACAAGACGUGGAGAGUAUCUGUUGAUGUGGGAUUCAAGUAUGUAGUGAGGCUUCACUUGUGUGAGGCAGGGCUGGAGAUGGAUUUUGUGCUUCUCAUUAACAACAUGAUUUUCUUAACGAGUGCUGACAUGCUCCAACAGAGGGAAAACAGAAACUUCCUUUGGUAUAACAACUAUGUGGUGAUGGUGGAAGGCCUCAAACAAGAGGGUAACCGUGACAUCUCUAUUUCUCUGCACUCUCACCAUGAAUUCUUGGAUAGGCACGGCCCGCUUGAAGGAUUCGAGGUGUUCAAGUUGAGCAACCAUGAUGGCAAUCUAGCAAGUCCCAGUCUUGUGAUUCCGGUACAAGAUUCACCAUCACAGACUCUGCUGCACUCUCUCCGAGCUCUACUGUACAAUCCUUAUGGCCCCAUGAGUCUUCUCUCAUAUACUAUCUUGCUUCAUAUGUGUACAAUCCUCGUCGUAGUCUACUUGGAGAGCAAUGCUUUUGGCCUCAUGAGUCUUUUGCCAAAUACCAAGGAGGAUAAUAAACCAUCGUCCAUGGCAAAGCGACUAGCUGAGAUUCUAGGAAUAUGUGAAUAUGGUGGAGUGGACAGAGGGUUCGUGGAUUAUGGGAGAGAGAUUCUAGCCAUAAAGCCAUUAAAGAUAGAUUUCAAGCAAGGGGAGCAUGAGUUUCGGACAGUGAUUGAGACACUAUGGGGGCUUCAACAUGUUAAUCUACUUUCCCUCAUUGGAUGUUGCUGGAAGCACCAGGAGAUGGUACUUGUUGAUGAGUACAUUCCCACCACGAAAAUGGCUGACCGUCUCUAUAAACCACCCAGGAAAAGCAAUGAUGUUUGUCUGCAAUCAUGGAAGCAACGACUCCAGAUCUGCAUCGAAGUCAGUCAGGCACUAGAGUACCUUCACUCUGGCCCCAUGAUCGUGCAUAGGGAUUUGAAAGCUUCUAAUAUUCUGCUUGAUGAGAACUUUGUGGCUAAACUUGCAGAUUUUGGCUUAGCUGAAACUCGGAGUUUCAGAAAUUCACAGAGCCAAGAUAGCACAGAUCUUAUAGGAACAUGUGGAUAUAUUGCCCCGGACUUUUUUACAACUGGUGAGCUAACAAAAGGAAGUGACGUCUAUUCUUUUGGCAUGGUGUUGUUGGAAACAUUGUGUGGAAGAGCUGCAAUGAAGCCACGGAGUGAAGAAGAUAAUCGUAAAGAUAAUAAUAGAUCUCAGAAGGAGAACAUGAAUCUUGUUUCACCUAAUGUGAAAAUAAAUGCUGACAAUUAUGUGAGUAGGAUGGAGAGCACCGGCUCACAGCAGCAAGAGAUGCCUCCCGGAUUCCGGUUCCACCCCAGCGAUUUAGAGCUGAUGGCAUACUACCUCAAGAAGAAGAUCACCUCCACCCCUCUGCACAUUGAUCUCGACAAUUGUGAGCCGUGGGAUCUCCCAGAAACUGCGGCUACAUUUAGAGAGCCGGCAUGGUACUUCUUCAGCCUGAGGGAUAGAAAGCAUCUGAACAGUACGCGGGCAAACUCCAGGUACUGGAAGACGAGGGGGAUGCACAAACAUGUGAUGAACAGUUCUGAAAGUAUGCAGGGAUUUCAAGAGUGGCAGAUAUCCGACUUUGGCCCAGCAAAGAACGGUCCAACACAGGUUAUGGCAACAUAUGGCUAUGCUGCUCCAGAAUAUAUUGCCACAGAGCACUUGGGUAAUGUAUCUCGUCUUAAAAAACUGGUGAGGGGGAUGCACAAACAUGUGUUGAACAGUUUUGAAAGUAUGCAAGGAUUUGAAGAGUGGCAGAUAUCCGACUUUGGCCUAGCAAAGAACGGUCCAACACAGGUUAUGGCAACAUAUGGCUAUGCUGCUCCAGAAUAUAUUGCCACAGAGCACUUGGGUAAUGUAUCUCGUCUUAAAAAACUGGUGACACGAAUGCGUGCAUUUGACACCAUUCGUCCUUCUGGACACUACUAUGUGGGUGAUUGGAAGCACAUUGAUGUUCGUAUAGAAGAAGACGCCAUGCCUUUUUGUGGAGUAUACGAUCUGGGUGAUUGGACGAAGCCACAUUUGAAGCACAUUUAUCCUACUAAAUCAGCACUGGACAUAGCCUUAAUUUGCCUUGAAAGUGAAGCCUCAAUGCAGGAAACACAGGAAAGAAUCUCAUCUUCUAGCGAGACUAUGAUGAUUAGGCAGUCAUUUGACCUCUGCUCUGCAGUAUCAAGAGGCAGCCAACCAAUAUUAUUUGUAUGUUAAAUCUAUGUGCUCGAUUGGUAAGGUGAUGAAGAACCAUUUGUGUAAAGUGAAAUAAGAAUUCAGUGUUGAACAAUAAACUGAACCAAGUUUGUCAAGUGUGUGUGCUUCAUUUCAUACAUUUGGCUGCGUUCUCUUUGGUUGUAAAAUUAUCAUGAGAAAAGGAUGGAAAUGAAUUUCCACUCUUGU